UCCGGUUACCACGGAUCUUUGGUCUUUAUCCUCAAAUCUCUGGUCAUUUUUCUCCCCGUUCUCUGAUUUCUCACAAAUUUCAGCUCUUUCGUUCACUCUCUUACAGCAAGCGAUGAUCUCUCUUUCCUAAGCUCUCGCCUGAGCAAAAUCCAUCAUGUUUUCCAUGUCUGCCCUUCCUAUCUCUCUCUAUUUCCUUAUUUGUGCCACUGCUUCCAGAAGAAGUGUCCUUGUCGGAGCCAACCACACCUCUGCCCGCUUCUGCUCCCGUUAACUGGUGUAUUUUGCUCCGAUUGCUAGGUUUUUAGAUUCGUUUCCACUUAAACAAACCACACAGACAAUAUUGUUGUUUUUUUAGUUAGGUGUAUAGGUUGAUAAUCAUGGAGACCACCGCUGGCAAACCCAGCUUUCUCAGGAAUUUAAUAGCACGGGUGCUUCUAUUCGGGGUUUUAAUCAUCAUCGUUCGAUUCGCUUACAUUGUCACCAUCGCCGGCGAGUCUUGUAAUCUCGGUGACUUCUGCUUUUUUUCCCUGCCGGAAAAUUUUAACUUUGUUAUUCCCGCGGCUGGGACUGGCGCUUCUGCGGUGAAUAAAGCAGUUCGGCCGGCGGGUCUCAGUCAAGGCGAUCUCUACACCAGCAAAGACUGGAUCAAGGCCGUUCAAUUCUACUCCUCGGUGUUUCAGGAUCUGAUGUCAGAAGGUUAUCUCUCGCCGGGCUUCAAGUCCUUAUGUGUAGAGACACCAAACGGACAGGACGUCUAUGCCUUGAAAGAGAUCGGCGUAUCCGAUUCGGUUGGAAUUUUCAAGAAAGCUUUUAAGCCUUUGGUAAUUUCCAGUAAAACGAGUCGCUUGCCGUUCGAUGAUAAUACCUUUGACUUCGUUUUCUCUGGUAAAGGCGGUCUCGAUAAAGCGUCUCGGCCGGUGGAUCUGGCAUCGGAAAUCGCCCGGACUUUGAAACCCGAAGGGUUUGUGGUGGUCCACGUGAGGGCAAAAGAUACGUAUAGCUUUAAUUCAUUCCUUGAUUUGUUUAAUUCUUGCAUGUUGAUAAAGUCGCAUAAUAUAGAUGGUUACGAUCCGUCAAUGCCUUAUAUUAGAGAAAUUGUGCUGCAAAAACAGGCUGGGAAUUUUGGCCGGCCGGUGAAAGAGUCCGGCGGAAGUUCUGUGAAUAAGUGCUCUGUCCCGGAGCAUAAACGGGUACUAAUCCAAAAUGCGGAGCCUUUGAUUAAAGAGGAGCCUUUGAAGCCAUGGAUUACUUUAAAAAGGAAUAUAAAGAACAUAAAGUAUUUGUCAUCAAUGGCUGAUAUAAGCUUUAAGAAUAGAUAUGUUUAUGUUGAUGUUGGAGCUAGGAGUUAUGGGUCUAGCAUAGGAAGUUGGUUCAAGAAGCUAUACCCAAAACAGAAUAGAACUUUUGAAGUGUAUGCAAUUGAGGCUGAUAAAGCUUUUCACGGAGAGUACAAGUUGAAAAAAGGUGUUACAUUAUUGCCAUAUGCAGCCUGGGUGAAGAAUGAAACAUUAACUUUUGAAAUUAAUCGCGACCCUGGUAAGGAAGUGAAGGAUAAAGGGAGAGGAAUGGGAAGAAUCCAGCCGGCGAAGUUAUCGGCUAAGACUGAUGAGAAUUUUGAUGGAGAAGUAGAUGAGAUUCAGGGUUUUGAUUUUGCAGAGUGGUUGAAGAAUACGGUGACAGAGAAGGAUUUUGUGGUGAUGAAGAUGGACGUGGAAGGGACCGAGUUUGAUUUAAUACCUCGAUUGUUUAAAACAGGUGCAAUUUGUUUGAUUGAUGAAAUCUUUCUUGAAUGCCAUUACAAUAGGUGGCAAAGAUGUUGUCCUGGACAGAGGAGCCCCAAAUAUGAGAAAACUUAUGGACAAUGCUUAAAACUUUUUACUUCUUUGAGAGACAGUGGUGUUCUUGUUCAUCAAUGGUGGUGAUUGGUAAGAAAAUCCAAUAGAUUCUUUUGUAACAUUUUAGGUUCUAGUUUGUUCAUCAAUGGUGGUGAUUGGUCACAGUCCUAUACAUCUAUUGGAACAUUUUAGGUUUUAUUUUUUAAUUUUUUGGUUAAAAGAAAGAACUCACAUUUUAAAUAUCCUUGUUAUUUUCAUGUAAGAAUUGUUGCUGCAAAUGAAAGGUUCAAUUAUUUCAGUUUUCGGUA